AUGAACUGGCACUUUUUACUCCUCUUUGUUCUUGGGACUUUAAUGUCUGUAUGUUCCCAGUUCAAUUUUUAUCCUCUGGAGGAGCUUAGCUCUGAUGUUGGAAUCCAGGUCUUCAAUCAAAUAGUGAAAGCUAAGCCUCAGGACAAUGUUGUUGUUUCACCUCACGGGAUUGCAUCAGUCCUGGGGGUGUUGCAGCUGGGAGCUGAUGGCAAGACAAAGAAGCAGCUGACAACUAUGAUGAGAUACAGUGUAAAUGGUCAAAUAGAAAACCCUCCAGGAGCAGCUGGAAGCAAAGAGGAGAGCCAGCAUCAUGAGACCAGCCAGCUCUCCCCGGACCACCAGCAAGUGCUCCGUGGACCACCAGUGGUUCACAGAAUACAGUUUGAGAACCUCUGUUAUGGAGUUGGUAAAGCCUUAAAGAAGAUAAACAGGCUGAUAGUCUCAAAAAAGAAUAAAGACAUUGUAACAAUUGCUAAUGCAGUGUUUGCAAAGAGUGGCUUUAAAAUGGAAGUGCCUUUUGUUACAAGGAACAAAGAGGUGUUUCAGUGCAGUGUCAAAAGUGUGGACUUCGAGGACCCAAAUGCAGCAAGUGAUUCCAUCAACCAAUGGGUGAAAAAUGAAACAAGGGGUAUGAUUGAUCAGGUUGUAGCUCCAGAUGAUAUUGAAGGCAGUUUGACCAGACUGGUUUUAGUGAAUGCUGUGUAUUUCAAGGGCUUAUGGAAAUCACGCUUUCGACCUGAAAAUACGAAGAAACGCCCAUUUUAUGGAGCUGAUGGGAAGACCUAUCAAGUUCCUAUGCUGUCCCAGUUGUCCAUCUUCCGCUGUGGCACUACAAGUACCCCAAAUGAGCUGUGGUACAAUAUCAUUGAGCUGCCAUACCACGGGGAAAUGAUCAGCAUGUUGAUUGCACUGCCCACUGAAAGCACAACACCGCUCUCUGCUAUCAUCCCCCACAUCAGCACAAAAACAAUAGGAAGCUGGAUGACAACCAUGGUAGCAAAAAGAGUGCAGGUUAUUUUACCAAAAUUUACAGCAGAAGCAGAAACAGACUUAAAGGAACCUCUGCAAGCACUUGGUAUCACAGAUAUGUUUGACCAGUCAAAGGCAAAUUUUGCAAAAAUAACAAGAACAGAAGGUCUUCAUGUAUCUAAUGUUCUGCAAAAGACAAAAAUUGAAGUUAGUGAAGAUGGAACCAAAGCUUCUGCAGCAACAACUGCAAUUUUAAUAGCCAGGUCAUCCCCUCCUUGGUUUAUAGUAGACAGACCAUUUGUAUUUUUCAUUCGGCACAAUCCUACAGGUACAAUCUUGUUUAUGGGACAAAUAAACAAACCUUGAAUUUGGAAAAGACUUUCUUCAAGAAGUAAACAGGCACAUCCCUGUUCUGUUAAAUAUUUGUACACUACUCUGACUUCACUCA